GCCGCUUUCCCGCCCGCAGCCGCCAUGGCGGAGCCUCCUGUCAGGGGUGGUGGUGAUGGGGAAGGGAAAACCACGGGGCAGGAGCUUCCCCCUGCCCUCCAGCCGCCGUCUGAAGGGUCGGAGAAAGAGUGUUCCCCUGAUGGAUCCCACCCUGCGGCUGCUGGUGUGGCAGCUCCUCACCAACACCCAAACCCUCACGAUGUCACCAAGAAGACUCCCGGCACCCGUAAAACACCCAGAGCUGCCCUGAGGAAAAAAUCCCAGCAGAGAACACCCAGCCAGAGGAAAAACCCCUUGGGAUCCAGCCCCACCAGGUUGUCUCCCUGGAAAAGCAGCCCCAGGAAUGAUCCGACCUGGAGCUCCUUCAGCCUCUCCCCCCAGCUCAGCUCCGGCUCCUCCCGCAAGCGCCGCUCCUGGCGCCGCUCGAGCCUCAAGGGGACCAAGCGCCGAAAAUCCCUUCCCCCAGUCCAGCAGGAUGCUUCUGAAUUAAGCAAAUCCAUCAGCUUGGAUCUGCCAGAGACAGAGAGACUUUCUGCACUGCUCCUCUCCAGUUUCCAGUUUUCUGCCCAGAAGCUGGAACAGAAUUUGAAAUUAACCCAGGGCUUUAACCCCGAGGUCUUCAGAGCUAAAGCACAGGGAGCAGAGCAGGAGCUGCAGCGGAUCCUGGAGAAGCUGGGACGGGACGGGACCCUGGAGCGCUGCGUCCGGGACCCCCGGGGGACCUCACUGGAUUCAUCCCUGGAGGACUCAGUGGCCCAGGUUAAGGAGCUCAUUUCCAGGUUUGGGGCCGAGUGCCACGCCUGGGAUCAGCUCCUGCAGCACUACCAGGAAAACGCUGAGGAAAUGGCCAGGAGGUUGGAACAAUCCCAGCAGGAUCCUCAGCCCCUUUGUCACCUCCAGAGCUCCCAGUCCUCCGUGCUCUGCACCAAACCCAACUACCAGCAGAUCCUGGAGGAGCAGGGGGAGGUUUGGAGCAGCAUGGAGCUGCUGCUCGACGAGCUCCAGCAAGCAGUGAGGGUGCUGCAGAGCUUCAGUGAGGACAGCGAGGGCUUCCUGAGGCGGCUCUCAGAGAAGCUGGCCUCCAGGACCUUCCAGCCUCUGGAGAACUCCCCCGUGCGCAAGCUGCUGGCUGCCCCUCCUCCCAGGACGCUCCUGGAGGGCUGAGGGGGGGUUUUGGGGCUGGGGUCGCGCUCGGUGUUCCCGUUAAUAAAGGGGAAGGGGCUCCCGCUUCCCGCUUCCGCGUUUGAAACACCUCGGGGGGUUCCUCGCCGCUAAUUGG